CUUCCACAUUGGGCCCCUUUGGCUCUGCUCACAAGUAACAUUUGUGUUUGUUUACAGAAGGUGGUGGGGCAAGAGAACCAGCCCCUAAUCCCAGCUGUCCAGUAGCAGUAGUCAGCCCCUAGGGGCCUCAUGUCCCGACCCAGCUCUCCUGAGGGCCUAGCCACAAGCUCCUGCCCCGCUGCAGAUCAGGUCUCAGCAGGGAACACCAUGUGGGCCGACAUCAGGGCAUUGCUGCCCAACACUAAGGAAGACCUGAAAUUGGACUUCAGCGAGAAAGUGGAGGAAAGUGUCAUCUCACUGCUGCAGCAAGCUAGAGACCUUCUCUAUGGAGCUGGAAGCCUCUGCUCUGGAAGCACAAGGGAAACCUGCUUACAAGUCAGUGAAAUAAUAAUAGAUUACUCUUGGGAAAAGCUUAAUAUUGGGACUUGGAGAGAUGUGGACAAGGACUGGCGACGAGUCUAUUCUUAUGGCUGCCUUUUCAAAGUGCUGUGUAUGUGUAGUGAGCAAGGCACCAUAGCAGAGACGAUUCGGGUCUGUGACAUGGGACUGCUGAUGGGAGCAUCCAUAUUGGAUAACAUCCUGGUUAGGAUAAUUAAUGUCCUUCAGAAGCAUCUGACGUAUGGGAAACGGUCUGCUGAAGAAGACACAAAGGAGUCAUGUAGAAAGAAAAUCCGGAAUGACCACACGACUGUUCCAUCAAUAAAGUCAGAAGAAGUUAUUCCACGGCUCCACUGCCCUUCUCUAGAGCAUUUCAGAGAUAAUUAUAUGAUUCCACAAAAGCCUGUCAUCCUGGAGGGUAUUGUUGACCACUGGCCAUGUAUGAAGAAAUGGAGUCUGGAUUAUCUCCGUCAAAUCGCCGGCUGCCGCACUGUCCCUGUGGAAGUGGGUUCCCGGUACACCGAUGAGGAAUGGUCUCAGACACUCAUGAUUGUCAAUGACUUCAUCGAUCAGUAUAUCGUGAACAAGAAUAGCAUUGGAUACCUUGCCCAGCAUCAACUUUUUGAUCAGAUCCCAGAACUGAAGCAGGAUAUUUGCAUCCCUGAUUACUGCAGCCUGGGGGAAGGGGAAGAAGAUAACAUCACCAUUAAUGCUUGGUUUGGCCCAGAGGGAACCAUCUCACCUCUUCAUCAAGAUCCACAGCAAAAUUUCUUAGUCCAGAUACAGUGACUCAGCAGAAACUUCAGCAGUAUCAAACCUUUCUUGGAGACCACCAUACUUACAGUUGAUGAGGAUAAUGAAAAUUUCUGGAAGUGAUUAAAGGCUGCCACUCUUUCGACAUGUGCUGAGUCCAUUGACUAUGUCACCUGCCAUCACCAAGAUUGGUUUGAUGAGAAUGAUGCUGAAAUUCAGGGCCCGCUCAACCAGAAAAGAAAAGCUCAUUGCAUAUGGCAAAACGACGUAUCACAUCUAAAGAAGAAAGAGUCAUACAAGCAACUCAAGGCUGAAGCCCAAAGGAAAAUCCGUGACAUCAAAAACAAGUGGUGGUGAGAAAAGGCCAAGAAGAUUGAGCUUUCCACUCAUACACAUGACAUGAGGAGCUUUUUUCAGGCAAUAGGGGCCAUUUACGGUCCAUGCCCCCAUACUCCUAUACCACUCUGAGCCCAAGAUGGGUCAAUGUAUUUUAAAAACAGCUAAGCCAUCAAAGCCAGAUGGAAGGAGCAUUUUGAGUCACUCCUGAAUCAUGAAUCAACUGUUUGAUGCCACUAUGAAUCCAUACCUCAAGACAUGAAAGAGAAUCUCUUGCUGAUCCCCCCCCAUCCUCAGAGAAGUACCACGAGCCCACAUGCAAACCAAGAACAACAAGGCAACAGGACCAGAUGGCAUACCAGCUGAAGUCUACAAGUUUGGAGGUGAGGAACUGGUAAAGAAGGUCCACAAACUUUUUAUUCAAAUCUGGUAUAAUGAGAAGAUUCUGGAAGACUUGAGAAAUGCCAACAUUGUUACAAUCUUUAAGAAAGGAGAUAAGUUGGAGGGUGAAAAUUAUCGAGGCAUUGCCUUGCUAUCUACAGCAGGGGAAAUUCUCGCCUGUAUCCUCUUAAACCAAUUACUUCCCUUUGCUGAGGCAAUAUUGCCAGAAUCUCAGUGUGGUUUCAGACCAUCUCACAGGACAACCAACAUGAUCUUCGUUGCCUGCCAAAUCCAGGAAAAGUCUCAAGAGCAAAAUCAGGACCUGUACAUGGCCUUCAACUCCAUCAGUCACAAAGUCAUGUGGAAGGUGCUGGCCAGAUUUGGCUGCCCUCCCAACAUUUUUACGGUCCUAAGACGACUUCAUGAUCAGAUGACUACCACCGUUUUCUAUAAUGGCCUGGAGACGGACCCUUUUGUCAUCAAAACUGGUAAACAAGGAUGUGUUAUUGCACCAACCCGGUUCUCCAUCUAUUUAGCAGUCAUUUUGGUCCUCAUUAAAGACCGCCUCCCUAAUGGAGUUGACAUUCAAUAUAGAAUGGAUGGGCAGCUGUUUAAUCUUCAAAGUUUAAAGUCCUCCGGGCAUCCAUUAGUGAUCUUCAGUAUGCUGAUGACUGUGCCAUCCUUGCACACACUGAGAAUGACUUUCAAUCCACACUGGAUUUUUUUUUUGCACAAGUUUACCAAAGCCUAGGACUCUCACUUAAUAUCAAGAAGACUAAAGUGCUCCAUCAGCCUGCCUCAGGCCUUGUACAUGACCCAUCACAAAUCACCAUUGAGGGACAGACUUUGGAGACAGUCGAGCACUUCUGCUACCUCGGUAGUGAACUCGCUCAAAAUGCAAAAAUCGAUAGUGAGAUCCAGCACAGGAUCCGAGGCACAAGUGCUUUCUUUGGGAAAGUGCUCCAACGUCUUUUCAUGGACCGUUACCUAUGGAAGGACACCAAGAUCCAGGUCUAUAAGACAAUUGUUAUUCCUAUACUCCUUUAUGGAUGCGAAACCUAGGUGUCCUAUCGACAGCACCUCAAGAGUCUGGAGAGGUGCCACCAGCAAUGGCUCUGGAAGAUCCUUCGCAUCAAGUGGGAAGAUCACUGCACUAAUGCCAGCAUCCUCACUGAAGCCAAUGUUACCAGCAUUGAAGCAAUGAUCCUCAUGCACUAACUCCGCUGGGCUGGACGUUGUGUGUGGAUGCCAGACUCUUGCCUCCCAAAACAAGCCCUCUACUCUCAGCUCACCCAUGGUCAGAGAUCCUGUGGUGGUGAAGGAAACGCUACAAAGAAAACUAAUGUGGACAUAACAAGCUGGGAGGAGCAAGCCACCAACCAACCUCAAUGGCGCCACGUCGAGGAGAAGUGUCUUGCCCUUUAAGCUGAGAAGAGAGAGAGAAGGAAUUAAAAAGAAAAAACCUUUUUCCCAGCAGGCAGCUGAUCCACCAGAAAAUAUCUGUACCUACUGCAGGCGGAUCUGUGGUUCCCAGAUCGGACUCCUGAGUCAUCUCAGGACCCAUAUGUAAAUCUGUGGUAGAGAUCCUCCUCAAAUCGAGGGAUUGCUAGUGAUGGAGGCAUUAUUCUAUUGCUAACAGAGAGCACAAGCGCCUGUGAAGUUUCAUAGCCUAGCAACUUUAAUUUAGUCUGCCAGUUAAUUUUUAGCAUCACCUGCCUGCAACUCAGAGAAUUGCAGGUCAAUCAGUCCAGCUGCCUUUCUAAUUCUACUCUCCCAAUUGCACAUCACAAUGUAGAGAACAAAUGGUAAUGGAAAAAUUAGACCUUGUAGAGUAUGAGCAAGCUCAAGAUCAGCUGGCUGCUACCUGGAAAUAUCACCUUUACUCUCUUGAAUGUAGCACUGCUCAGCUCAGCAGGCACGGCUAACUCAAUACUUUUUAUUCAUCAUCCUUUCAACAUUGUUUCCUUCUAGCUAUGUAUGGCCCCAGCAGCACUGUGGAGACUGGGUGCCAUAUAAUUAAAAAUGAAUUUCAAGAGGAAGAGCUGCCUUCCUUUCCUUAAAAGCAUCUCCCCAGUAUUUUGGACAUCUUACCUAUUCCAUGAAGUCAGGUACAUGGGUUACAACCCAAUCUGAUCUGAUUUCAUUCUUCAUGUUCCUCAGUAGCAAAAAUCAUGACUUUACCUGUUUUGCCCAGGAUCUGGCAAUCCGCUGUAUUCUACUGUUAAGUGCUUGUCAUGAUACAGAGGUAUAGAGCAUUAGACUGAUCACUAAUUAACUGAACUCAAACCCUAUUUCAGCAGGUAAUGUGCAGAUUAAUGACAGAUGGGAAAUUUAUAUC